AUGGCUAGGAAGAAAAUCAAGAUAGCUAGGUUGGUUGAUGAGUGUAGAAGAUCAGUUGUUCUUAAAGAAAGGCUUGAAGCUUUGUUUAAGAAAGCAGAUGAGCUAUCUGUUCUAUGUGGCGUAGAAAUUGGUAUUGUUGUUUUCAGUCCUGAUAAGAAAAAUGAUGAAUAUGAGUGGCCAUCAAGAGACAAAUUUAAACAACUCUUGAUGAGGUUUCUAGAUACACCACCGGUAGAGAGGCUUAAGAAGUUGACAACAAAUGAAAUGUUCCUCAGGAAAGAGAUGGAGAAGACUGUAAGAAAAAUUGAUCAGCAAAAGAUAGAAGAAAAAGAAAUGGAACAGCUAUUUAAGCAGUUAUAUUUUGGGGAAAAGACGGUCUUUGAACUGGAUAAAAGACAACUUAUAGGCGUUCGCAACUUGGCUAUAAAGGUGAAGGAGAAUGCCGUUGAAAGGAGAAUACAACUCAAAAGAUCGACGUCAACUUAUUCUGUUACCAAUGUGUUUACCCUCGAAUCCGGAUAA